GCUCUGCGUUUGGGUCAACGAUUCUCACAUGUUUCAAUGCUGCUGCUAUAUUCAAGUCACAUAUAAAAUGUAUGAAAAAUUCCAUUCUCGGGCGCCAACCAAAAAAUCUCCUAGUCCUAGUCUCCGAUGAGAAAUGUUUACAAAUGUAAUCAACGACCUUGGCAUCCGGCUACAGCAGUUGGUUAUAGCAUAAAACGAGAUAGUUUUAAAAUAAACCAAAUUCCACACCAACCGGGAAAUCUCACACGCGGUUUUUUAGCUUGUCUAGCGCCAGUCUGAGUUUUGCUGUGAUCUGUGAUGUUCUCGAAUUGUGUCGGACGUUUGGGAUUGUUGUCCAGGCCACAUCGACAUAUACAAAGGAAAUGUGGUCUACACGGACGACCAAAUUUUACCAAAAACAACUAUAAAGCUAUCCGUGGAAAUUUUGGAUAUUUGGAGGAACAGCACAUUCAGUUUUUCCAAAAAUUACUGGGCUAUGAUAGAAUACUCACAGAUCUUUCCGACCUUGAACAGUACAAUGUGGACCGGUAUUGUCAAGUAAGAGGUUGUAGCCAAAUAGUCCUGAAACCUAAAACAACCGAAGAAGUGUCACAGAUCUUGUCAUUUUGUAAUGAAAACAGAUUAGCAAUAUGUCUACAAGGUGGAAACACAGACGUUGUAGGAGCAUCUGUACCAGUAUUCGAUGAAAUCGUUGUUUCAACAGAGCUGAUGAAUGAAAUUAUUGAUCUAGAUGAAAAUUCAGGUGUUAUUAUAUGUCAAGCAGGCUGUGUAUUGGAAAAUAUUGAUAAAAAAUUAGAAGGUAGCGGCCUUAUGGUCCCCUUAGAUCUGGGCGCGAAAGGCUCAUGUCAUAUUGGAGGAAAUGUAGCAACCAAUGCUGGAGGACUCAGGUUGUUACGAUAUGGAAACUUGCAUGGUAACGUUCUUGGUUUAGAAGUGGUCAAAGCAAAUGGAGAGGUAAUAGACUGUCUCAGUACAUUGAAAAAAGAUAAUACCGGGUUUCAUUUGAAACAUUUGUUCAUCGGAUCCGAAGGAACGUUAGGAUUUAUAACAAAAGUAUCUCUACAGUGUCCCCCUAGAGCUAGGAGUAUAAAUGUUGCGUUUCUAGGUCUACAAAACUUCGACAAAGUUCUAAAAACAUUCCGAAAGGCCAAAGAGGACCUGUGCGAAAUCCUUUCAGCAUUCGAAGUGAUAGAUUCUACGUCAAUGGAAUUUGCCAAAGAAACCGUAGGGAUAACAUCGCCAAUAGGAGACUAUCCAUACUAUCUUCUAAUCGAAACAUCUGGCAGCAACCCUGAACAUGACGCCGAUAAGCUUUACAAAUUUUUGGAUUUGGUAUUGGUGAAACAUCUUGCUCUGAAUGGUACACUAGCAACAGAGCCUGCAAAAGUGAAUGCGAUAUGGGCAAUAAGAGAAAAAAUUCCAGAGGGCUUUAAACAUUCAAGUGUGUUGUGUUAUGAUUUUUCUUUACCUUUGAGCAAGUAUUUUGACUUAGUCGAAGACAUGAGGAACCACAUGGGAAGUCUUGCUAAAAAAGUUUUCGGAUUCGGCCACUUAGGUACAGAUAUCUAUUAACUGAUAACAAAUGAAAGAGAGAGAAGUAGUUUUGCGGAAACUUGGGUGAAAAAACAAAGGGCAAUCGUAGGCAUGUGCGCAAUAACGAAUCAGGAGCAGAAAUAGAAGGAUUGGUAACUCGAGCGAUCGACGUUUUUGCUUAUUGGCUUCAUCGGCAACACCGAAGUGAAAACAUAUGCCGAUCACAUCUGGAUACGGGUGUAUCCUGGAGGAAAUCAAGGAUGGAAAAAGAAAUAAGCACAUCUGUGGCUUUGGUUAGAAGACCUUGGCUUACAAGACAUCAACCACUGAGACCUACCCGCCGCGCCGUGGUACUUCAAUCCCAUGAGAAAAUACAAAGAAAGACAAGUAGUUUUGCUGAAACUUAGAUGAAAAUAUAAAAGACAAUCGUGAGGAUCAUUUCACUUCGGUGUUUCCUAUACACAUCCCCCUGGGCCUGAAUAAGCAAAAACGUACGUCGCUCGGGUUACCAAUCCUUUUAUUCAUGCUCCUAUCCCUUUAGUGCAAACGUACCCACGACUGUUCUUUGUUUUUUCAUAAGAAGUGCGUCGGUUAUCUUAAAUUGACCUAAUUGACCAACCGAAAAUGCAAGUGUAAUUGCUAGCAGUCGUGUCAAGAGAUAACUGAAUUUAUUCUCCUAGUAUUUUCUUAACAUGUUUCGCUAUAAGGGUUUAGCCCUGUGGCGUAGUCAGGUCAGUACUAUAUCUGAGGCGGUAACGCCGGGUUUUCAUACAUAUACUUGCAGUAUUAUUUUUGUCAGCUUAUGUAACACAUCUCAGAGUUUCGAACGUUCUUUAGUUCAAUUCUAGGUACAAUAUUGUAAAGCGCUGAUGAAAUCAAGUUGGUAACAUUUGGAAUUUUGAUUUCUGUCACAUAAACUGAUAAUGUUUCAAUGGAAAUGUUUAACUGAAAAACCAAAAUACUAGCAGUUAAUCUAUUUUUCCAAUUAAUAAGCACCAUUCAAGCUCAAAAGGUGUUGAUAUUGAUUAAAUACAAAAUAAUUAAAAAAUUCGAGUCUGGCCCAUUAAUUUUCAACCGUUUGGCUAGUCACACAAAAUUUCAUUGAAAUCGGUUAAAUAAUGCCUACGUUAUGUGAUACUGAAUAUGAUAAAAUUGAUAAAUAACCCUGUACAUCCGUAAAAACUAAGUUUAGGACUUUUUCAUUUUCUGACGUGAAAAUAUCUCGGUCCAUACUACCUACCUGGUAUUACACUAUGUCCAAUUUACCUACUACCUCCGAAAUCUAUACCCGUGAAAUAACAAAUAAAGACAUAAAUAUUGUAUAUCACAAUUACUGUACAUGCACGUUUGACCUGGAAUCGUUCACUAUUCACUCAAACAACAAGGUGGUGGUUCUGGUACAAGAUAAGAAAGAACUGAAAAACACCUUACAGCAAGCGGACUCCUCCAACUCAACUUUAUCGACGGCAUAGUAAUUUUAAUCAAGAAGUUAUAUAAACUACUAUUUUGAAUUCAGAAUUGACUAACAAUGCCGUAAUAACCAAAACAAAAAUUCACUCUCCAAUAAGCAAUUGCUUUUUGGAAUCAGCAUCAACCAUGGGUCUGGGGAGGAUAAUUACCACUAUUACCCCACUUGGCUACGCGCAUGUAUGGUGCAAGAAACUAGCAAAACCGCUCGAUCAUGGGUUAUUGUAGGAGGCAGAUUUCCAUGUAGCCAGAAUAUCAGAUGACAUCAUACCAUGUAUGUGAUGUUAUUGCUUAGUUGUUCUAUACCUUUUAGGUGACGGCAAUCUUCAUCUCCAAAUAGAAGUGAACGAGAUGAGCAAAGAGGUCAGAGAUCACGUUGAACCGAAUGUCUUCGAGAGAGUGAAGCAAAUGAAUGGUAGUAUCAGCGCUGAACACGGAAUGGGAUUUUUGAAAGCCAACUAUUUGAGUUUUGCAAAUCCACCCAGCAAAGUGGAAAUGAUGCGGAAUUUGAAAAGUAUGCUCGACCCAAAAGGGAUUUUGAAUCCUUACAAAGUGUUUCCUUGGACAUACUCGUAAAAUGUAUGUUUUGUUUGUUUGAAAAUAAAGUCAUUAUGAUUACAAAUCAGGAAAAUUCCUCCAUUUAUAUACUUGUAUAAUUAAUAAUAAAAAAUGAGAAUUCUAGAUUUAAAAUAAAUGCGAUUGAUUGUCUGAUGUGUUUGAAAAAUUCACUGUAUAUGUUAUUAUAAUUUAUAUAUUGAUUAAAAACUAUUGUUAUAAAA